CAAUACAAGAAGAAAUUUGUGCUUCCUGGCACUGUUAUUCCAGAACUCAACAAGCCAAAGAAUUUUGAUUCAUUCUUGUUCUCUGGGCUCUACCACCUUGCAGUGUGCAAAAUGAUGGACUUGUCAUCUUUGAUGGGUUUGAGGACCAUAUCUGUACCACUAGUCUCUAUCUUUUUGCUGUUGUAG